CCCGGAAGUGCAUGUGGGACCCCCAGAACAUUUCCAGCAUGGAUGGUGGGCUCUGCUUUAACUCAUGGAGCGACUACUUGGGGCUCUCCAGUCUCAUCAGCAGGGGGCUACAGCCAAGGGAAGGAGGGGAAAGCCCAAGGCCAAGAUGGAAGGCUUCAUAUCCAACCCCUGCAGAACCUUUACCCAGCAAAGCGGCUGAGGCCCAUGGACACAAAGGCUGCGGGUUCUGCAGGAGCAACCGAGAGGCCCAGUCUCUAUACAGCUCUCACCGGCUGAGGGCCCCGGAUGGACGCGUGCUCUGUCCCGUACUGAGAGGCUACACUUGCCCUUUGUGUGGGGCCAAUGGCGACUGGGCCCACACCAUGCGGUACUGCCCGCUCCGUCACUUUCUGAGACAUCCCCAUAGCCCAAGGGAUGGGCAGUAGUGACCCCAAGCUGAGAGACAUCCCCAUAGCCCAAGGGAUGGGCAGUAGUAACCUAAGCUGAGAGACAUCCCCAUAGCCCAAUGGAUGGGCAGUUGUGACCCAAAGCUGAGAGACAUCCCCAUAGCCCAAGGGAUGGGCAGUUGUGACCCAAAGCUGAGAGACAUCCCCAUAGCCCAAGGGAUGGGCAGUAGUGACCUAAGCUGCGAGACAUCCCCAUAGCCCAAGGGAUGGGCAGUUGUGACCCCAAGCUGAGAGACAUCCCCAUAGCCCUAGAGAUGGGCAGUUGUGACCCCAAGCUGAGAGACAUCCCCAUAGCCCUAGAGAUGGGCAGUUGUGACCCCAAGCUGAGAGACAUCCCCAUAGCCCAAGGGAUGGGCAGUUGUGACCCCAAGCUGAGAGACAUCCCCAUAGCCCUAGAGAUGGGCAGUUGUGACCCCAAGCUGAGAGACAUCCCCAUAGCCCUAGAGAUGGGCAGUUGUGACCCCAAGCUGAGAGACAGACCUCACGGGACACUGUAUCACUAAUGGAUCCCCUCAGGGGACGGACUUUGUACAUCACUGCACUGUUUCUAAUGUUACUGCUUUAUUUGAACUGCUCUUAUUGUCACUAUUCCUAAGACUAAACACUGAUUGAUACUGAUUGAAACUGAUUGAUACUGAUCACCGACACCUGCACAGACACUGACCCAAUCACUCAGCACCCACACCCCGCACUAUGAUCCCACCACUGAUCAUUUGGUAUAUGUCCCCCAGGGGCCCAUAUGCUGCGGCCAAUCCCAGGUGCUGGGGGUCACAGCAGCUCUGCCAGAGAUGCCCCAGGGUCGGGGGCCAAUGCUCUUCUGUAAAUAUUUUAUAUAUUUUGUUUUAAAAGAAUCAAUUUGUUUUUAUUAAAUUGAGACAAAAUUCC